AUGGUCACGGUUGAAAGUCCGACCUUUUUGUCAUUUGCAUCAAGCGGAGUUGUUUUAGGCGGUCAUAAUAAUAAUUUUAUUUUUGUUGUUGGUGGUGCUAUAAUUGACCCGUUUAGUCAAGAUAAAAUAGUUAAUGAACAAAUUUUAUUAGAAUACGAUAUUCUAAAUAAUAAAUGGAGAAGAAUAGCAAUGUCAAGCGCGCCUAAUUUGAAUUGGAGAGUUCAAUUUGUACUUUUAAGUGAUAAUAAUGGAAAGGCCUAUCUUCAUGGUGGUCAUAAUGGCAAGUUUCUAGAUAAUUUUUCUUCCGUACUGUUAAAUGAUGGACGGUUGGUCAUCAUUGGAGGAUAUGGAUGUCAGAGAAUGAUGUUCCCGCACAUUAGACCUAUUGGCUAG